AGUGGUUAUAUUUCACUGAGAUGAGGUAAAUCAUAUGAUGUAAUCAUAUAUUAGUUGUAUCUGCAGUGAUAGAUGAAUCGCUGACCUAAACGUUGAAAAGUGUGAUAUCGUUCAACAAAUGUUACUUCAUCUUUGUGCAACAUCCUCUGAUUAAUUGUUUAAAGCGAAAACAAUUGAGAUCAAAAUAAAGGAGUAUUCAGUUAUGCAAAAAUAAUUAGAACGAAAGUUACGUGUUCAGCCUACAGGUGACGUCAUAUUGACGUUACGAUAUUUAAAAUGCCGUCGACUCGGUGGAUUCGUUUCAUUUCCGUGAUUACGUGGGCCGUUGUUGUGGCAUGUGUCGUGACAGCAGCCUUUUGUUUGGCUACAAGAAAGUUCGUUUGGGGAAUACUUCUCUCAAUCAACGUCGGACUGGCUCUGCUGAGUCUACUUUAUAGCCAUUGUUGGUGUAUUGCGAAGAAUAGAGAUACCUUCAGAUGCGAGACAGGAAAGUUCUUCCUCCACAUCUUGAACUUCUUUUCCAUGCUGGCCUAUACGGGGAAUAUGUACUACGCUGGAUACAGGGUUUAUGAUAACGACUACUUUUCAAAAGACUCGGAAAAAAGCACCCAAUUGUUCAUGGCUGCGCUUUGUGCGAGUUCAAGCUUCGUGCUCUGCAUUGUCAACGCCUACUCGAGCUGCGUUCUAUAUAAGUACGGUUGUUGCCUUGGAUACGGCAAUGGCAUUGCGCCCAAUGAUUACCAGCGGUUACCGAUUCUUCCUCGAGAAAACACGGGUCCAGAAGUUGUACCACAGCCCCCCUCUUACGAUGUACAUGAUCGCCAAGAGUUACAACACCAACGAGAGCAUCAGCGCUUUCAUCAGCAGCCGCUGCAGCAACAACAACAACAACAACAACAAUUAUACCAACAGCAGACUUUCUAGUUGUGGCGGAAGAAACAAGAAAUAAUUAUAUUUCUGUUCUAGGUGAAUAGUUACUUCAUUUUAAUGACCAAUACAUAUAUAAAUGUCUAAAGUCUCUAUACUGCAUAGAAUGACAAUUAACAUGUUUUGGAGAGUGGCUGGGUUGGUGUCUGGCAUCCAAUUAUUUACAAAAUGUGUUAUUUCUUCUAGUCAUCUUGUUUCAUACGUCAAUGACACGUUAUAUUCACUUACCCGACUCACGGGUAUAUUUAUUCUUUUAUUUCGGUUUUGUUUGUUAAUUAUGUAAACUACCAUGUAAUAAAGCACGACCAAUUCA